AUGGGAACAAGAGCAACAAAGGGAGUGUUGGUCCUUCUCGCCUUGUGUCUGCAUCUGCAUCAGAAUCAAUGCGGAGGACAAAAAUGCAGGAGCAGCCAAAUCUUGACGGGACUGCGUUCCUCAUGUCUGCUCUCGCUCUCGCCCUCCCUCCAGCUGCGAGGAGGUAAAGCGGUCAAGGCGCGGAGGACUAGCGAUGAGAGGAGGAGCAAGGCGGGAGACUCGGGCUCGCACGUCUCCGAUGCUGCUGGGGAGGAGGAUGACACGUCGGACUCACAAGGAUCCCCACAGUGGCUAGAGGACAUGGUCAAUGCAACCAAGAGGAAGAGAAGGAAGGCGCUGAGAGGAGACGACCUCGUUGCCCAGUUCCUGGCAUACAACUCUGACUUCUCAGGGUCUGAAUCGUCGAUGCAUACCAGCGACAUGUCCGAGGGCUACGGGCCCAACGCCACUCAGGAGACGGUGAUGGCGAAGCUGGAGGAGAUGGAGGCGAAGGUGGAUGAAAUCGAGGAGAAGAACAACCAGCACAUUCAGGGGUGUGAAGCCUGUCGGACUCACUACUCCAACCUCACGUUCCCCGAGUCCGACAGCCUCAGUACCUCCAACGACGGCGACGAGGAGGUCCUAGAGGAGGUGGAAGCAGAGGAAGUGGAGCUGAGCGAGGGCAAACCUGGUCUCGAACUCUCAGACUCACAGUCGGAAGCCUUGGAGGUUGUGACAUUCCCGUCUCAGCGGUAUCCCACCAUCGCGGAUCUCGCGGAGGGUGACAGCUCGCCAGGACGAGUCGAGCUAGAGCCAGGGGAAUACAACUGGACGACUUUGAUCAGGGUCAACAGCAGCAGGUUCUGGAUGCGAGGGAAGGGAGUCAGCAGGGAGAAGACGUCAAGUCUCUUGAUCAGAAUCUUCGAUGUAGGACGGGGUAUCAACAACCUCUUGCUUCGUUGGCGUCCCAACGAGGAGACCCGAUACGAUGAAAUCGCUAUCUUCGUCGUAGCGACAGUAUGCAACUCCAAGUGGAGGAUUCAGUCCAGCUGCAUCGGAGCUGUGGGGUGUGGAAUACUGGGCUGCAUAGGAGACUCGAGAGUGCUUGUGAACCAGAGUCUUCUUACUGGCAUGCCUGGUCGAUGCUCGAGCACCGUCUUUGGGUUUGAAAGGGAAGUAGACAAGGAAGCGAAAUACAAACUGAUGGCAACGGUGGCUAUUGACGCAAAACACACAUCAAGCGUUGAGGUAGCUGGAAGUGUUGUUCGAUACACUGGACUGUACACGAAUCCAGCUAUCGUUGCGGACGACUCAGUGAGUAUAAACAUCUCCAGCACAAAAAUCCACCACAACAUGGUCGGGGUUGAGGUCUGCCAUCGGGCUUCGGUCAGUCUCUUCAACUGCUCGUUCAGAGCGAACAAGCUCGGUUGCUUCCUUUCCUCCGACGGCUCUGGCGACGCGUCUCUCACUCUCGAGCGCUGCUUGCUCUUUGGGCCCUCCUUGUGGUUCAACUCAGUCCGUCCCGGUCGUAUCCUCGCUCGACGUAACGCCUUCGUCAACAUCUCAGCUUGGUUUCCUUCCCAAGAACCCCCGGGCCCCAACGACACCCAGGCGGUCAACGCGAGCUCAGUUGCUCUCCCACUGGCGCAGCUCGGAGGACUUUACGCGCUGAUGCAGGGAUACGAGGGUGGCGAAGAGGAGGGGAAGGAGGAGGGGACGGGAGAAGCCAAGGAGGAGGAGGAGGAGGAGGAGGAGGAGGAGGAGGAGGAUUUAGGGAGCUACCGCCCAGCUGACGAGGAGCUAAUCGACGGGAUGCCGGACAUAUUCUCUGCGUUUGCCCAUAUCAACCCAUCGGCGAUAGAGCUGGAGGUGACAGGCUCGAGCUUCCACAACGACCUGAUGAAUCGAAGUUUGCGGACUUUCGAGGACGAGAAUUUCCUCUAUGUCAAGGAUGACAACCAGCUGGACUUUGUCAACCCCUCGCACACACUCUCGGCGUUUCCUCUGAGGGACUUGAGACAACACGAUGUGCUGGGGCUGACUUGGCUCACGGAAGAGAGAGAAAAGGCCAUGCGAGAGCUUUUAGAGCAGCUGAGGAAUAACGGGUCCUGA